UUGUGAAUCAUUCGUGCGCCGGCGACUCAUGAGCGUAUUAGUUUUACCAUUAACGUUCGACACGUUGAACCUGACACACGCAUGUUCAGAAGUAUCGGUCCCGGCUCUUAGCCUUGGCGUAUCCAAGCUUUAUAUAAUGAGACUGUCGCUUUUUAGUGAGUGUUAAGUGAUAAAAGGUCAUUGUGCUCUCGUGUUGUGAACUGAUUGUGUCGUGAUUAUAAAAAAUGUUUCCUAGAAUACAAGGAUUGUUCCACGCCGUCACCGACAAACGCACACAGAGCAAUGACUGUGGAGAAAAUAGCGUUACUAUCGUCACGGAGAAGAAAAUAGAAGACGACACUUCAGAGUCCUCUAGCGGUGAAAACGUUGAUAUAGAAGACAAGAGUCUUCCGCUGGUAGAAGGCCCACUAGAGUCACAGGAGAGUCAUUCAGCUCAGUGCUCAUGUCCCAACUGCGACGAGAUUCUCUCGCGGUAUUCUGAAUGCAGCAUUUGUUUGGAGCCAUUACAGUGUUGUGGCCCCUGCGUGUGCCCGUGGUGUGGGGGCGUCUGGUGCGCGAGGUGCUCUCGUCGGAUGACCAGGUGCGCCUGGUGCAGAGGAACCCUGCGCACUCCGGCCGCACCAUGUCUUGCUCUGCAGCGGCUCAUCAAUGAUCUCAUGCUACCGUGCAGAAACUACAGACGAGGAUGCAACGAAUUAUUAACAGCCGUCUCAAGAGUUAAACAUGAAGAGGAGUGUAAGCACGACACAAUGAUCUGCCCAAUUGCACAAACGUGCUGUUCCGUCCCCUUCGAAGAACUAUCUGGUCAUCUACAAUCAACCCACAACAUCAUCGCCGUGUAUUCACAAAAAAUCAAAAUCCUUAUAGAAAACUUUCAAACUAAACUUAAGAAAACCGCAUGUUGCCGAACCAAAUACAAAAUCGUAUUGCUGUACCAGAAAAGUGCAUUCAUAAUCAAAGUAUGCAUCUACAAUUAUCACGUGAAGGUAGAAGUGAUGAGAAGAAAACUCGGAUACAUAGCAGAUAUUAAGUCGGAGACCAAAAAGAGUGACUACUGUGCUCUAAUAGAAUUCCAAAGUAAAGCUCUUUGCACGAAAUCUGCAAUAUUAAUUGAGAACGAAGCAUAUAGCAAGAAAGCUGAAGUCCAAUGGAGUGAUGUUGUAAUGAAAUCUGAAAACGACGAAGCCAUUACAAUUCAUGUUAAUAUAGGAAAAACGGAGAGUGAAUAUAACAUCAAGGAGAUAGCUGAAACGUAAUCUACUGACGACAGUGUGAGUGAUGUGAACAUAAUAAUUGUGAUAUUAGGAUUUGUUUAACUUGUACUGCGAGUGUGUGCUCAAAUGGCGUUUGUGUGUAGGAGAUACCAGUUUUCAGUGUCUUAAGUCAUGUAAAUAGUUUAGAUGUAUGUUUACAUAUCAUUGGCUCUGUAAAGUGUUCUCAUUCAGUUUUGUCUGCUAUGUACUUAUUGAGGUUUGUUAAACUUAUUCAUCAGAUUAACACCUUUCAUAGUUAUUUUAAUGGUUCAUUUUGAUCUGAUUUAUAAGACGAAUGGAUAUUUUGAAACACUCACAAUAAUUUGAUACUUUUCUAAAAUACCAAUUUAUGCAGGGUACGAAAAUAUUGUAAUAACUCUACAACAUAUCUUUGAAGUAAUAAAACCAAAACUGAAUAUAGGGGCUAUUUUAACAGAAUUAUAAAUAAGUUACCACCUUCAACAGUAUAACAUGGAAUCUGAUAGUUGUAAUAUUUUGCUGGUCAUUUUUAUUGAAGUUGCUUUGUAGGUUAGCACCUAGAAUCAUUUUAUAAUUUGUGAAACUACUACUAUGUUAAGUCUAGUUAUAAAUCAGUGUUAGUACCUUAACUAUGUAUAUUAUUGCUAAAGAAUUCAAGAUAGAAUUUUAGUUACAAUAAAAUUUUUAUCCGUGUUUCUAGCUGAGCCAUUUGAAGUUUCACUUAAUAAUGAUCAUUUAUAUUGGUGCUUAUUUUAACUCAAAUGAAACGUUUCCAAGUUAUGAAAUUAUUUACGAUACUAAAAACAGUUACCACCCUACAAAAUAAAACCAUUGGCGAAACGCCUUUUUAUAUAUAAAUGUGAUAGCCUGAUCUCCAUUAUUUAAUAAUAACUGUAUUUUAUUUUAUUUCAGAAAAGAAAUAAAUGCAUUGUACCAAUUCACUUCGAAUUUCUUCAUGUAAUUGCUAAUAAAAUAAUGAAUUUAUGAUAACAUUAAUUAAUUCAGCGAUAACAAAUUCUUUUAAUUUUUUUAAAACACCAAUACCAAAUUAACCCAACCUUAAUAUUAACUUUAAGUAUUCCGUUGUUUUAUAGUAAAACGGUAUAAAACGGUGCACAAAGAUCUUUUUGGUGUAUUUUUUUGCGCCGCUUGUCAUAUAAUUUUGAAUAAAAAUAGCAAAAAUAAGAUAUAUUAUAACGAUACAGUCGGCAGAAUACAUGAUGAAGUAGAAAAUAAAUAUAGAUUUUUGUAAGGCUCUUUAAUCUUCAUUGUGCUUCAUUAAAUAAUAAGCAGGCCAAUCCAUUUCAACUUUGUUUGAAAACUAAUAGGCGCAACCAAUUUUGUGCGAGUAGAUUUCAUAGUAUAAUUUCAUUUCUAUUUUGUUCCUGAACUGAUCGGAAAGUACACAACACUAAAUUUCAGAAGCUUGACAGAAUGCAUCGGUGUAAACUGCUUUUUUAAGUCGGUUAGAUUAGUUGCCCAAAUAAACAGACAAAAGUUAGAAAAAUUACUUUAUUGGCCCCGGUUACAUGAGUUUGUUGUUUUGAAUUUGUUAUUUUUAAGUGAUCACGUCUGGGAUUAAAUAUACAAAUGUAAUUUUUACCCAAAUUUAUGGAUGAUGCGGAAUUCUUCACUUGGCUUAGCUGGUAGAGCGCUGGGGCGUGUCCCGAGAGGCGCGGGUUCGGAAUAACAAUUUGUUUCGAUUUUGAGCGACAUUUCAAGUAAUCUUGUAGAUGGCACCACAACCCAUGCCAUGAUUAACAGAUCAUGUGUCAUUCAGACAGUUGGCUUAGUUCAUACUUGGGCGCUGCGUAUCCCGAGAAGUGCGGAUUCGAUUCCAACAUCAUUCAUCAAAUUUUGGUACAUUUUAAUUAUUAAAAGCCAUGUCUAUGAAUAUGUAUUUAAUGCACAAUCAAACUGUGGGAUGAACUUCGUUGCGAGGUGUUUCCAAGACAAUGCUCCAUCGUUGCCUUAAAAAGGGGCGUACACCUUGUAAAAAGACAACGAGAGACAAGCAACGCUUCUGUCAUUCCUCUGGUGUUGCAGAUGAAUGUGGACGGCGGUGAUCACUUAAAAUAAGGUGACCCAUACGCUCACUUAUCCACUUCUUCGAUAAAAAGAUGUACAGACACAGAGCCACUAUUAACCAUUCCAUAAAAUAAGUAUAGACGAGGCAGCGUUAGUUAUAGUUUUAAUAUGUUGCAACGAUAUGUGACUGAUCUAAAAUAAGUAUUAUAGAUAGUGUAUUUAGACAUUUUAAUGUGAAAUAAAUAUUUUAUUACCUAAA